GUUUCUGCUCCGCUGGUAUUGCGUAGCACAAACUUGAAUUUCGUCUGCUAGCUGCGACGCAUGUUUGUGGAUUUCGUGUUCGCUCCUGCCGCGUGAAUUAUUUAUUUUCUGUUGUGGUAUUUUCUGUUCAUGAUCACAACGGCUCAGCUAAAGGAUUUAUCACCAUGCUAUUUCUUCGAUGCUCCUGUAAUUUAUGAUUUUCCUGCUGAAAAUCAAAACUCAAAAUUGAAGAGACUGGACGUGACGAACGUGGUUUCUGAUCUCCCGGACCUUAGCACCCCUGAAGUGUCAUUUGAUCUGCAAAGUUUCAUUGAAGGCUCGAACCAACUUCAGGGUGAAGAAGCCCUUCUAGCGCAUAUCCUCUCCUCCGAGGAAAACAACACAAGUUCUCGGGUUCGAACCAACAACAUUCCAUCCCCUUUUGCUCUUCCGAUGCCACAAUCGGCUGGCUUUGGGUCUGACCGCUACGGCUCCGAGGCCGGGGUGAAGCAGGAGCCUGCGUCAGGGAUCGAAGCUCGGGUGUCGUCUGCAUUUGCUGGCCGAGUUGCCCACAAUACGUACUCCUUUGCCAAUCUACCUCAGCUACCCGUCAGCUCCAAUUUCACGGAGCCGAGAGAUUUAGUGUACAGCCCUGCAAGGAGUGACGAUAAAAAAUCAUCAAAGAAAUCCCUCGACAAAGGGUCAGAUGAAUAUCGCAGGAGGCGCGAGAGGAAUAACAUCGCUGUUCGAAAGUCACGAGAAAAAGCAAAGCAGCGCUGCAAGGACACUGAAAAACGAGUUAGUGAUCUUGUCAACGAAAAUGACAAACUUCGGAAAAGAGUGGAACUCUUAUCCAAGGAACUUAGUGUACUCAAAAAUUUACUGGCCACCGUUGGAGUAUCACCAGAAGCUACGAUCAAAAAUCUGGAAUGACUUUUGUGAUUUGAUAAGACUUGCGUUCCUAAAAUUUUCGAACACUCGCUGGAAUACUCAAAGCUACGAUGCUCCUUUCAUCGUAGUUAAUUCAGUGAUAAGAGUGAGACAUCUGGAUAAAGACGGUAUAGUGAGAUAUCUUCUAUUUUUUAAGUCACAUGUGAGACUAGAUUCAAUCCAGCAUCCUAACUUUUAACAUCGACUUCACCAUUAACAUUCGUGCAUAAAUGAUUUUUAUUGCUCAUUAUAACUCUAAUGUUCAUACGUAAUGAAAUAUUUAUUGGUAUUCAUAAACUUUAAUGUCGAGUGCCAUUGUGUGUCGAGUGCCUAUAUGAAACUUGAGAUUAUCUAUAACGAGAAAAAAAGUGCUGAAUGUUGAACCAAAAAAAAAAAAACUCAUCCAUAUACCCGCAAUACUAAUUUUCAAAAGUUUUUUUAAUUACUGGAAAUUUUCAGUUCAUGCGUGUAUUGAUUACCUGCGGUAAGUUUCAUACGCCUAUUGUUUACAUUAAAAGCUGUGUACGUACAAAUGUUAACUGACUGAAUGUGUCUUGCAAUACUGUAAAGAUAUAUGUGUACCAAGACUUGGUUUUUAAAUUAGGAGUAAUGCUCAAGUGAAAACUAACUUGUGUAUAUUGUAAAUGUAUUUUAAAAACCAAUGCUUUUUUAUUAACACUGCAAUUGAUGCUUAUUUAUUGAAAGUGAAUUAUUUUGAGUUUUUAACUGUUAUGAGAAUCUUUUACGAGAAACAUUUUAAUUCAAUAAAUGUUCAAGUUGGAAUACUUUUAACUCUUGUGUGUUUGAUAAGACCUUGAAAACUGCUGAUUCACUUGUUAUCACUUGAUUAUCAAUUACACGUUUAAACGUCUUCAAACUUUUUGGAAAAAUUACAAUCAUAAUAAUAUUUUUUUAGUUUUGAACUUAAUACUGGAUUUUUAUUUCGUUGAGUUAUGUUGUGACUUAAAGAAUAUUCAUAUGAAAACGAGUUUUAACACCCUUUUUUAGUCGACUUGUAUCAUAACGUGGAAAUGUAUGUGGUGCUGCCAUCUGUUGCUAAGAAAAUGUUCUGACAAGGUGAAACUUUCUUAAUGCUCUACGUUGACUUUUAAUCUA